AGUCAAGUUGAACAAGUGUCAAACAAAGUUUAUAUUUACUUCGAAGCUUGCCUUCAAUUCUGAAAUUAUAGAAUAAAUAGUGCUAAGACGAUAAUAACUUAAAAUGGAUGAAGAGUUAGGUGGUCUGACAGAGGAUGAUUAUGUUCUUCCUCCAGUUAAAUACGAGUAUUUGGAUCAUACGGCUGACGUUCAGUUACAUGCAUGGGGGAACACUCUGAAGGAGUCAUUUGAGCAGUGUGGAAUGGCCAUGUUUGGAUAUAUGACAGAGCUGGACUAUGUACAAAUCAAGGAAGUUCAUACUGUAGAAGCAAAUGCAGAUGAUUUAAUGGGUCUCUUGUACCACUUCCUCGAUGAAUUACUUUUUUUAUUCUCUGUGGAACCAUUUUUAAUAUGUAAGAAGCUAGUGAUAACAGAAUUUAACACAGAAGAGUUCAGGAUAGUUUGUAAAUGUUAUGGUGAAGAGUUUCAGCUUGGCAAGCAUCCACAGGGCACAGAGGUAAAGGCGAUCACUUAUUCAGCCAUGCAGAUCAUAGAUGAACCAAAAGAUAAUAAGUAUGAAGUGUUUGUUAUUAUUGAUAUUUGAUUAUUAUAUUUAAUUUUAUAUUAAAAAAGAAUUGACUGUUA